AGGUUGGUGCAACUCACCCAAGCGUAAACUUGGGGAAGAAGCCGGGAGAUCCUCGACGAAACGGAGAAAUAAGCGAGAGAAACAGUGAAGAUGCAAUAGGUUUGCCGCUUCCUCGGGCGAACGCACCCACAGAGACAUGGCUACGAAAGUUCUCAUGGUAGCAGAGAAGCCGAGUAUUGCACUGUCCAUCGCCUCUGUUCUCUCUGCUGGCCGAAUGUCAACCCGAAGGGGCAGUACUGAGGUCCAUGAAUUUGAUGGAACUCUUCUGGGAUUUUCUUCUGCACAUUAUAAAGUGACAUCAGUUAUUGGGCAUGUUUUCAGUGUGGAUUUUCCAGCAGCUUUUCAAGACUGGACAGUCACUGAUCCUCUUGAUCUUUUCGAAGCUCCAAUUCGUAAGGCGGAAUCAAAUCCGAAGGCUGCUAUCUGCAGGCAUUUAAGCCAAGAAGCUCAUGGUUAUAGUCAUCUGGUCUUAUGGUUGGACUGUGAUCGGGAAGGAGAAAACAUAUGCUUUGAAGUUAUUGAUUGCACUGGAUUUCGUGCGAACAAGGGUAAAAGAGUUUAUCGUGCGAGGUUUUCUUCUGUUACGGAGAAAGAUAUCAUGAAGGCAAUGAAUAACCUUAUUGAACCCAACGAGGAUGAGGCUUUGGCUGUGGAUGCUCGCCAAGAAAUAGACUUGAAAGUUGGUGUUGCAUUUACGCGAUAUCAGACUAGUUAUUUCCAGGGAAAAUAUGGGAAUCUCGAUUCUAGAGUUAUCUCCUAUGGACCAUGUCAAACACCUACACUUGGAUUUUGUGUGCAACGCUACUUGCAAAUCACUACUUUUAAGCCAGAAAAGUUUUGGGCUGUGCAUCCUUACAUAAUUCUAAAGGGCUAUGAACUUAAGCUGGAGUGGGAGCGCUGCAAGCUGUUUGACCUAGAUGUUGCUGAGAUGUUUCACAAGUUGAUAAUGGAGGAUGGCAUGGUGGAAGUAACUGGUAUAUCACAAAAGCAAGAGUGCAAAACUCGGCCAUCUGGUCUUAACACCGUGAACCUUCUGAAGGUGGCUUCAAGUGCAUUGGGCUUGGGACCCCAGUUAGCCAUGCAAUUGGCUGAGCGCUUGUACACUCAGGGAUUUAUCAGCUAUCCACGCACUGAGAGCACGACAUAUCCUUCUUCAUUUGACUUUAGAGGUGUACUUGGAGCCCUAGUUAAUAAUCCAGCAUGGGGUACUUAUUCGCGGACACUGCUAUCUGAUGGUUAUGUUAAGCCACGAUCAGGGACAGAUGCAGGUGACCAUCCUCCCAUAACUCCAAUGCGGGUAGCUACAGAGGACAUGCUAGGCAUUGAUGCUUGGAGACUUUAUCAGUAUGUCUGUCAACAUUUUCUGGGAACUGUUUCACCUGAUUGCAAAUACGUAAGGACAAAGAUUGAAUUUUCAGUUGGUGGAGAAUUCUUUCAUUGUGUGGGACAGCAGGUUACAGUCAAAGGAUACACGUCUAUUAUGCCAUGGUUGGCAGUAAAUGAGAAAAAUCUUCCUCAGUUUGCUGAAGGGGAGAAAAUAGAAAUUUCAAAAGUUGAGCUGUAUGAGGGUAAGACUGCGCCCCCAGAUUAUCUUAGUGAAAGUGAGCUCAUCUCUCUAAUGGAGAAAAAUGGAAUUGGCACUGAUGCAUCAAUUCCAGUACAUAUUAACAACAUCUGUGAAAGGAACUAUGUUCAGGUACAGGCCGGAAGAAGGUUGGCUCCAACUGCUUUAGGUAUCAGCCUAAUAAGAGGCUAUCAAUGUAUUGAUCCAGAUCUAUGUUUGCCUGACAUUCGGAGUUUUAUAGAGCAGCAGAUCACUCUUGUUGCCAAGGGUCAAGCAGAUCAUUCUCUUGUUGUGCAGCAUGUCCUCCAACAAUUUAAGAGGAAGUUCAAUUACUUUGUUAAGCAGAUUGACAACAUGGAUGCGUUGUUUGAAGCACAGUUUUCUCCACUUUCGGACACUGGACGCUUGCUUAGUAAAUGUGGAAAGUGCCUGCGUUAUAUGAAAUAUAUCUCUACACCGCCAUCACGGCUCUUUUGUGGUUCUUGUGAGGAAGUUUAUUAUGUUCCUCAAAGGGGUGCAAUCAAGUUGUACAAAGAACAUACUUGCCCUUUGGAUAACUUUGAGCUUCUGAUGUUCUCAUUGCCUGGCCCAGAAGGCAAGACAUUUCCUUUCUGCCCUUACUGCUAUAACAGUCCCCCAUUUGAAGGUAUAAGCACAAUUUAUGGUGCAUCUAAAGCCGGUGUUUCGGGAAAGUUGGGAAAAGGAGCUGGAAUGCCAUGUUUCCUCUGUCCACAUCCCACGUGCCGGCAUUCUCUCAUAGCCCAAGGUGUUUGUGCCUGUCCUGAAUGCAACGGGACACUUGUGCUUGAUCCAGUUAGUGCUCCCAAAUGGAGGCUUUUCUGCAACAUGUGCAACUGUCUUGUUUUCCUUCCUGAAGGCGCUCACCGGAUUUCCACAACGAAGGAACGUUGUCCUGAAUGUGAUUCCACCAUCAUCGAAGUCGACUUCAACAAGAAAACGACACCCUUGGAGGAUGGAGCCACCUUGCAUAUUGGUUGCAUCCUAUGUGAUGAAUUGCUGCAAUCGCUGGUUCAGAUGAAGUAUGGAAGAUCUUUUUCUAGGCGCGGGGGAGGAAGGGGAAGGGGGAGAGUAAGAGGCAGAGGAUAUGGAGGAAGAGGAAGAGGUAGAGGUGGAAGGAAACCAGAAGACCCUAGAAUGAGUUUUAGAGGUUUCUAGUGUACUUUUAGAACUAAAUUUUCGUCUGUGUGUUUGAGAGUGCCGAAGUCUGUCUACAACUGAAGAAACAGAUGUUUGCCAAAUUUGUGACUUGUGCGUAUAGGGGUCCAAGGAUAAAAUUAAUGAGGAAUCUUUAAACACUCAAGAUAGUAGGUAGCUUAGUGAUAAGUGUAAGGUUUGGAACAUCACCUUAGGAGUCCAUUUUACCGGUUUAGGGGUUGUGUCUGAUUUGUGGUUCUACUCCUAUUUGGAUGGUCUCAUUGAGUUCUAAGGACUAUAAAUGUCUUGUCUUCUUCUUCUGAUGGUAUAUGAGAUUAGCCAAGUACAAUUAGAGUGAUGAUACGUGGGAUAGGAUUAGAAUAGAACUGGUUAAUCAUUUACUCUUUGAACUGUAAGCAAACAAAAAUAAGUUCUCCUAACGGCCACUACAAAUGGGCAUUACUCGAACCUUAUAGUUGUAUGAUUGUGCUAGUGUUGUCUCUCUUUUUAUUUUUGGCCAAGUGAUGCCUGCCUUUAUUGAAGUUACGUACUCCCGUCGCUCAAAACAUUUGUAAGUAAUUUUAUCUGUCUUUUUGACAAUUAACAUAAUUUUGCCUCGGGGUGACGCUGCUA